AUGAUAUUUUUUUCACCCCUACCAUUUGUCAAAUCUGCCGUCGAAUGCUUCUUCGUCAUCUUCAUUGCUGCACUCCUCGGUUUCUCACUCUUCUGCAUUUGCUUCAUUUUGCUCAUCCGCUUUAAGUCGAGGAGCUCCGUUCAUUUGCAGAACUUCAACUGUCUUUGGACCGUCCGGUUCCUCUUCGUCGUCUUCGUCUCGUUUUGGGGUUUAACUGAAGCCGUUCGUCUUCCUUUGUUUAGGGACGUUUAUCUUCAUCUUUUGUUCCCGAUCCUAGCGCCGCCGGAACAAUCCAGCGUCUGUAAACUCCAUCUGGUCCUGUCUUUAGGGUUCUUCGAGCCUGGUUUUCUCGUUAUCCUUCUCUUCCUGCUCGAUUUUUCGGUUAAAAAAACAACCCCGAAUGGUUUCUUCAGCGUUUUCUACGUCUUCGUUUCGUGUCUUCCUCUUUUCCUUUUGCAAGUUUACUUCGUCUUCCUCGCCGGUUCCGAGCUGCGUUUUCGGAAGCUUUUUUAUCGCUGUUGGUUCCUCUUCGAGAUCGACGACCAGGGCGGCGGCGGCGAUAAAGCCGAGAUUUUGUGUGCGUACCCUUUCAUAAGCACCUCGUUCUGGAAAGUCGUCUCUCACGUAAUCAACAAGGCGCUCAAGCUUCGAAUCUAUGUUCUUGCUUUCACCAUCCUCGUUUGUUUGCCGUUGCAAAUUCUGCUCAUGGGGUUGUCUGCGUUUUGGACGCAGGACAACCCCUCCACACACAACGGACUUGCUAUAGCUGUGUUCCUUACCACCUUCACCUGCGCGGGGGUCGGCGAGGGGAUUUUGGUCGUUAAACCGAUCGCCGACUCCUUGAACGCCAUUUGCGGACGAGCGGAACAAUCUCUCCCGGAGAAAUCUCAGUCAGCGCUGCCGCAUGCGGAGGAGGAUGGGGUCGGUGCUGCUGUUACUACUGUAUAA